GAUGAUACCAACUCACAAAAUAGAAAAAACAUCUUUCGUCUAAUCGUCUUUGUAUAAUUCUUUCCUAGGCCGUAAAACACGUAGGACUCCAGCUCUUAGACCAGUGCGUAGACGCUCACAGCUUUGCUUUAUUCAAGUCCCAGCCUAAAGGUUUCAACCAUCACAUCGUAUAGAAGAAAACCUUGAAUUCUUGUUCUAGGCGAAAACCCUAGUUUUGUGUUUGCUUCUAGAAUCCUAGAAAACCUAGCUUAGUUCCUCAGACAUGGCGACGAAUGUGCCGAACUUAGACUGCCGGAUGUACGAAGCAAAGUACCCAGAAGUUGACAUGGCGGUAAUGAUUCAAGUGAAGAACAUUGCCGAUAUGGGAGCUUAUGUUUCUCUUCUUGAGUACAAUAACAUAGAGGGUAUGAUUUUGUUCUCGGAACUCUCUCGUCGUCGGAUUCGCAGUGUGAGCAGUUUGAUAAAGGUAGGACGACAAGAGCCGGCUAUGGUUCUUAGGGUUGAUAAGGAGAAAGGUUAUAUUGAUCUCAGCAAGAGAAGGGUGUCGGAGGAAGAUAUUCAGGCAUGCGAGGAGAGGUAUAACAAGAGUAAACUUGUUCAUUCCAUCAUGCGCCAUGUUGCAGAGACGAUGCAAUUUGAUUUAGAGAAUCUGUAUAUCCAUGUUGGCUGGCCAUUGUACCGCAAAUAUGGGCAUGCUUUCGAGGCAUUUAAGCUAAUUGUGACUGAUCCUGAUUCUGUUCUAAAUUCGCUCACUCGUGAAAUUAAAGAAGUUGGUCCUGAUGGCCAGGAGGUGACUAAAGUAGUGCCUGCUAUGUCAGAUGAGGUGAAAGAUGCCUUGAUAAAAAAUAUUAGGAGGAGAAUGACUCCUCAACCACUGAAGAUUCGUGCAGACAUUGAAAUGAAAUGUUUUCAGUUUGAUGGGGUUUUGCACAUCAAGGAGGCCAUGCGAAAAGCUGAAGCUGCUGGCAAUAUUGAUUGUCCAGUGAAGAUUAAACUAGUUGCUCCUCCACUCUAUGUUCUUACAACUCAAACUCUUGACAAGGAACAAGGAAUAUCAAUUCUUAAUAAUGCAAUCAGAGCCUGCACCGAUGAAAUAGAGCGUCACAAGGGAAAACUUGUAGUGAAGGAAGCACCUAGAGCUGUGAGCGAGCGUGAGGAUAAAUUACUUGCCGAGCACAUGGCUAAAUUGCGUCUUGACAAUGAAGAAGUUAGUGGCGAUGAAGGCAGUGAAGAAGAGGAAGAUACGGGGAUGGGAGAAAUUGAUCUGGAAAACACAGCGUCUGGGAUAACAGAGUAGAAUUGCAACAAAUAGAUUGAGCAUUCUUUUUUUUCUUUGUUUAAUUUUUCGUUGGCAUGCUUGAUAGUAGUUGUAUAGAAUGGAUUUUCAUUUUCUGUAUCAUUAACCCCUUUUCCGAUCUAGCUAUAUUUUUUCAACAGGUUUUUUCUAGUUGAGAAUUGAAAUAUUCCCCGAGUUAAUUUGGAGGUUACUGUUUUGAGAAAUACAUAAACAUAACUAUAUUCCAAGGCUCA